AUGAGAAAGGACGAGUAUUUAUUGGCAGAAAUCUUGGAUUUUAUGAGAAGUCCAAGUGAAUUUAUUUUACCCGAAGAACGAUUACCCGAUCAACGUUGGGAAUCAAUAUAUAUAGCGACGAAGGAUGGUUCCGACGCCAGUACAUUUCAUCGUCUUUGUGAUAAUCAAGGUCCUACAAUGGUGAUCAUUCGCUCAACAGGUGGCUAUUUAUUUGGUGGUUAUGCGUCACAAAGCUGGAGCUCAAAUGGAAGUUAUACGAAUGCACCAAAUUCCUUUCUGUUUUUGUUAACAAAUGCCAAUGGAAGCCAACCAACAAAGUUUCUUUACAAUAAUAAUGGUUAUGCUUUCUAUAAUCACCCAGCCUACGGUCCAGCAUAUGGCGGUAGUCAUGACUUACAUAUAUGUGACAAGAGCAAUGCAAACAACAAUAGCUAUUGUAAUAUGUCAGGUGAAUCUAGUAGUUAUCCGAACACUCUCGGACUUGGUGUGGUGACAUUCACUGGUGCAAAGAACUUUCAAACAACAGAAAUUGAAGUUUUCAAGUUAUCGCAAUAG